GUGAAUAAAUUUGGUAGUAAAUGGGUCAAGCACUAGUUACUUAUAAAAGGUAUCUCAAGUAAGGUAUUUCCCUUCUUCCAAAGCCUUCUCUUUUUCCUACCUUUGUUUGUUACAUCAAGUCUUCUACUGAAUAUCUGGAACAAGAGCAAGAACAAGAAGAAGCUCCCACCAAGCCCUAUUUUCCUUCCCAUAAUUGGUCAUCUUCACCUACUUAGUAAACCAGUCUUUCGAAGCUUAGCAAAACUUUCAGAUUUUUACGGACCUAUUUUGUUCCUCAGAUUUGGUUCUAAACCAACCGUGAUCGUGUCAUCUCCUUUUCUUGCAGAAGAAUGUUUAAGCAAGAACGACGUGAUCUUUGCAAACCGGCCACGUCUUAUAAUGGGAAAACAUUUAGGACAAAACUACACAACCAUGGUAUGGGCUUCAUACGGUCAUAACUGGCGUACACUCCGACGGAUCUCCACUCUCGAGAUCUUCUCACCUAAGCGUCUUCACAUGUUGUCUGACAUCCGUGCCAACGAGGUACAAUCGAUGAUCUGACGACUUAGUAGUUUACCUGGUGAAGGUGAAGCAUAUGGAACGGUUGAUAUGAAGUCAACGUUUUAUGAUCUUACAAUCAAUAUCAUGAUGAGAAUGAUUGCAGGGAAGAGAUACUACUCCUGUGAAGAUGAGGAAGUUACGGAGAGAGAUAAAGAAGAAGGCAAAAGAUUUAGAGAUAUAUUAUAUGAUACAGUCUCUUUAGGUGGUGAAAAAACCAUACUUGUUGACUUCAUACCAUUUUUUAGAUGGAUUGGAUUUGAAGGAAUAGAGAGACGUGUGGUGAAAUUGAAGGAAAAGAGAGAAGCGUUCUUCCAGGAAUUAAUCGAACAACGACGAGGAUUUUUGAUAGAAACAGGAAUUGAUAGUAACAUCAGUGGUGAAAAUGAAAGGGAUGGGGUUAGAAAGAAGAUGACUAUGAUUGAUGUUUUGCUUUUGCUUCAACAAAAUGAACCACAUUACUACGCUGAUCAAAUGAUCCAUGGUCUUAUGGGGGUAUUGUUAUCAGCAGUAACAGACACUUCAGCGGGAACUACGGAAUGGGCGAUGUCCUUAUUGCUUAAUAAUCCUCCAGUCCUGAAGAAAGCCCAAGCCGAAAUUGAUAUCCAAGUUGGACAAGAAAGAUUGAUGAAUGAAUCAGACCUUGCCAAACUCCCGUACCUUCACGCUAUCAUCGUCGAAACUCUUCGAUUGUACCCAGCAGGCCCUCUGUUAGUACCACAUGAAUCAUCGGCGGAUUGCGUUAUAGGAGGUUACCACAUUCCGCGUGGGACGAUGCUUCUUGUAAACUUGUGGGCUAUACAAAAUGAUCCAAAGCUAUGGGAUGAGCCCAAUAAGUUUAAACCUGAGAGAUUUGAAGGGAUUGAAGGAGGGAACAGAGAUGGGUUCAUGCUGAUGCCAUUUGGGACAGGAAGGAGAGGUUGUCCUGGUGAGGGUUUGGCUAUGCGCCUGGUUGGAUUAGCUUUGGGGUCUUUAAUUCAGUGUUUUGAAUGGGACAGACUGAAUGGGGAGGAAAUGGUGGACAUGACCGAAGGGACUGGACUAGCGUUGCCUAGGGCUCAACCGUUGGAAGCAAAGUGUAGGCCUCGAGCAAACAUGCCCAGUCUUUUGGCUCAAAUAGUCUGAUUUUCUUUUUCAUUUUUUGCAAUGAA